AUGGCUCGUUUCGCCGCUUUUCUUCCCUUUGCCUAUGCAUUGGGCGCCGUUGCUCAGAGCGUGGCAUACAAUGACCCCGUCACUGGCAUCGAUUUUAUGAGUUUCCAGGACUCCGAGUCAGGUGCACGAUUCGGUGUCGCUACCCCCAAGACCCUCGGCAAAGACUUUAUCGGUCAGAUUGUUGCCCCCACUAUUCAAGGAUGGGCCGGUCUUGACAUGUCCGCCCAGAUGGCGAACCACAUUCUGGUCGUUGCAUGGCCCAACGGCGACGAGGUCAUGGCUUCCGUUCGCGAAGCAUCUGGCUACACCACGCCCCCUGUCUAUACUGGAAACGCUACCACCAUUCCCAUCGCCAACGGCACUUUUGUCAACAGCACCCACUUCUCCUACACGUUCGUAUGCAGUGGAUGUAUCACUGGUGAUGCCGAUAGUUUCCCUAGCACCGUCAAGGGCAAUGCUUUUGGAUGGGCUUACUCUUCAGAUGCACCUGCCAAGCCUUCAGUAGCCGACACUGACUUGAACUUGCAUUCUGGAUUUGGCGCAUUUGCCGUCAUCUUCGCCAACUCUGGAUCUGCAGACUACGACACCUGGGCUGCAUGGGCUGAAGCAGUUGUUCCUGUCCCUACAACUCCCAGCAACGGCACUGUUGGCUCAAACUCGACCACAGGACAGGACAGACCUUCUCCCGCUCCCAUUGCCACCACAUUGAACACCACAUAUGACUACAUCAUUGCUGGUGCUGGUCCCGCUGGUAUCAUCGUUGCCGAGCGACUUGCCGAGUCUGGUGCCGAGGUUCUCUUGAUCGAACGUGGUGACGCUUCCACCUAUGCAUCGGGUGGCCGUGCCGUCGAGUCUUGGAACGAGACUGUAACUCAAUACGAUGUCCCUGCUAUGGCCUAUUACCUCUCCACCGCAGGAGUUACUAACGAGUACUGCACCGACACUGCCGAUCAAGCUGGAUGUCUGCUUGGGGGCAGCAGCAUGGUUAACGCUCUCAUGUUUGUCCGCCCUCAGGAACGCGACUUUGACGAUAAAUGGCCAGCCGGUUGGAAAUGGUCUGAUGUCUCGGCCUCCGCCGAGAGCUUCUACGAGAGAAACCCUGGUACUAUUUCUCCUUCUAAGGAUGGCCAACGCUAUGAUCAAGGUGCUUAUGAUGUUCUGUCUACCUUUCUUUCUGCCAACGGAUGGUCCUCUGUCAAUGCACUCGAGGAACCCAAUAAGAAGACCGAUGUGUUCUCGCACCCGCCCUGGAAUAUUCAAGACGGCCUUCGUGCUGGUCCUGUGUUGUCGUACCUCCCUCUUGCCAAGGCAAAGAAGAACUUCCACAUUCAGUUGAACAGCACUGUCCUUCGCGCUGUCCGUGAAUCCUCCUUUGUCAGUGGUGUCGAAGUUGAGCUGUCUGAUGGUAGCCGUAAUAUCAUCAACGUCAAAAUGGGUGGUAAGGUUGUUCUUGCAGGUGGUGCACUGAGCACUCCUCGUAUUCUGAUCAACUCUGGUAUUGGCCCCGCCGAUCAGAUCAAGAUUGUCCAGAGUGGCAGUACUGCCGUCACCCUCCCUGAGGAAUCCGAGUGGAUCAAUCUCCCUGUUGGCAAGGGCCUUAAGGAUCAUCCUAUCGUCACUCUGAAGUUCAAGACCAAGUCUCCAUUGUCUUCUCUGGCCACUACUGCUUUCACCGAUCCUACCCAAAUGAACAUCGACUCGUUUGCUCAAGGCAGCGGCUUGCUUGUUCAAGGUGGCCAACGCCUGAACUUCUGGUCAUCAGUCAAAGGAAGCGAUGGUAUCGAGCGUUUCGUCCAAGGAACCUGCAACUCGCCCUCAGACGACACCAUCAAGAUGAAGAUCUACCUUACUCACGGUCUUACCUCCGUCGGCGAAAUCGGUGUAACCAGCGAUGGAAAGACGAAAUAUAUCACUCAGCCCUGGUUCACCACCGCAGAAGAUAAGGACGCCAUUGCCUCUUUCAUCGACCGCUUGAUCUCUUUCUCCACCUCUGCCAACUCGACCUUGACACUGGAUGCUGGACUCACUGCUUCCUCCAAUAUUACAGGUGCUGAUCUGAUCAAGACUUUUACUACCGGCAGUCAUUUCGUGGGUACUGCCAAGAUGGGAACAGACGAUGGCAGAACGGGAGGCUCGGCGGUUGUUGAUACUGACACCAAGGUCUAUGGCACCGACAACUUGUUUGUGGUCGACGCUUCCUUCCAUCCUGAUCUCCCCACUGGCAACACCCAGGCCAUCGUUAUGGUUGCUGCCGAGGCUGCCGCCAAAAAGGUCGCUGCCGUCAAGGUCAGCGGUGCUGCUCCGGUGGCUUCUUCCUCCACUGCUGCUAGCUCAUCUACCACCGUGGCUUCUUCGACCGCCUCUUCAUCUGCCGUUUCGUCUUCCGCAGCUUCGGUCACAGACACCGCAUCCGCAACCAUCACUUCCGCUCCUGCUUCGUCAACUUCUGAAACCGCGACCUUCACGGGCACCACAGCGAUUACCUCUGUCGCUGUGCCCAGCCCCGCUUACACUCAAGUUCCCAAGUAUGGUCGUUGUGGCGGUAUUGGGUAUGAGGGGCCUACAAAAUGCGCUGCUGGGUCCACAUGCAAGUACCAGAAUGAUUGGUAUUAUCAGUGUGUUUAG